UGACAAUAGAAUACUGUAAAUAAAUUUGUUGUACAAAUUAACUGUUUUGUUAUGCUAGAAAAUGAUUGCAAUCGAAUCAGAGCAAUCCGUAUCCAAAGAGGAAGUCAUGUCCAAAGUAGAGCCUACUAGUUCACAAAGGACUCUCUCGCGGUCCAGUGCUGUGAGUCAAAGAUCUGUAGAUCUAGUUGUCCACCCGGAAAGUUCGAAUAAUCCAUUGCACCGAUCAAAAUUAGCGCCAAGUAGAUCUUCUUCAGAGUCGUCGUCGGGAAAGAAAAUACUCAAUUUGAGAAAAACUAAGAAUUCCUCAAUAGAAUCCACAAUGAGCUUGCCUAAUCAGAAGUCUUUGGAGAAAAAACACGGUAGCCUGCGACAUCAAAAGUCGGUUGGCGCUCAUUCAGAUGUGACAUUGAGCACACAAACUUCAAUGUCGGAUGACAGGAAGGCUCUCAGGGAGGCACUGUAUCAGGGUAUAUUUCAUAGACACAGAAGGACGAUUUUCGCCGUAGGCUCAUUUCUCCGAAUGCUUAAAAGCAAAACGUCCAAUUAUGACUCUAUAAGGUCCGACUCAGACGAGAUAUAACAGUCGACGCCAAGGGAUCGUUGUUAAUACUGCAGACUGCAAACGUGCUUUUUAUCGUUAAAAUGUUAUUAGAUUUAGUAAACUGUAUUAUAAUUUGUUUUAUAUUAAAAUGUUCCUGAUAAGUUUCUACGGAGUUUUUAUUGUUAUAGAGAACCCCGCUUACAUCCUGCUAAUUUUGUGUGUAGUGUAAUAUUAUCGGAUCGCAAUACACCAUUGCAGAAAAAUAUGAUGUUUACAAGUGUGCCAAAAUAUGAUUAAAUGUUUAUAUUUUAUUCCAUAUAAAUAACAGUAAAUUCACAGUGAAAAGUCAUGAUGUAAUAAUAAUGAGGGUAGGUAACAGUUUAUGAUUAUUUGUUUUCUAUUACAAAUUCGCGUGACGAGGCUCAAGGGCACUCCAGCUCCCUGAUUACCUUGACAUUACCGAAAUAAAAAAAUACCAUUAUCAUACCGAGGACGAUUUGUUAUGAACUUUUAUCUGACUGACAGUUAUGAAUCGUUUACAAAUUUCGGCUUAUACAGCAUUUCCCUCGCGGACGGUCAAAAUGUAUGUUAAAUGUUUUUCUGUUACGGUGUCACUUGCGGUGUUAGAUUUGUAUUGAUUAAUUAUUAACUGAUUAAUGGAAUGUAACUAGUAAGUUUGCUAAAUAAGGUGAUGCUAACAAAAAUAGAGCUUAAAAUUGUACGUAUACAAUACAUAAUAUAUAUAUAUAUAUAUAGGUAUAUAUAUAUAUAUUAUAUUAUGUAUUUUUUUUAUAAAUAGCAACAUUUGCGAAAUAUUGACUUUAAAGGGACAUGAGAGAUGGACUCUAAAGAGACAUAAAUCAACAAAGAUGUGUUGAAAGUAACAGAGUCCGGAUACAUUUAUCAAAGUCCGGAUACAUUUAUCAAAGUCCGGAUACAUUUAUCAAAGUCCGGAUACAUUUAUCAAAGUCCGAAUCAAUAAAUCUCAAAAGCCAAUAGAUUAAUCAUCAGAAGCAAGUGUCAUGUUCCGUUUGUGUAUUACAUAGUACGAUCGCUUGUGCGUAUCACAAAAAUCUCUUAAAUGAUUAUCGUUCAGUGUUGCUAUAUAUAUAAGAAUGGCUGAUUAAUAGUACAUUUACUUUGCAACGUUAGUUAUAAAUAUAUGGUAUUGCGAACAAAUUGAAUUGUUAUAACACAUUUUUGGAACAUUUUACGCACUUUUAUAUAUUUGUAAAAAAUUUUGUAUACCAUGCUGUUGUAAAAUAGGAUAAAUAAAUAUAUGUAAAUGAUCGGAACAUGCGCUCCUCAAGGAGUGUUUGCCCGAUUGUAAUUAUUAUUAUUUAGUUGCAUUAUAGUUUUCGACCAUAUGUAAAUCAGCCUGCCAUAGUGAACAAUGUUUGUUAUUUUAUUUGUAUUAAAAAAUUAAUUCAUUUUAAUCUAGUUUGUUUCGUGAAUAUUAUAAGUGCCUUCUUUAUUUUCUUGACAUUUUUUUUUUAUCGAUAAGUACGUUAUAGUGAUGUGCUUUUUUAUAUUGUAUUAAAUUAAUUAAUUGCAAGUGGUGUUUAUACAUUAUCAUGGGCGUAGAGAAGGCGAGGCAGGGCGAGGCUGGAGGUGUAGGUGUAAAAGCGUUUUUGAAUUACAUUGUAAAUAUUAACUUUGAUUGGUUCGUUUAGAUCGAUCGUUAAUGAAGAUUACUAUAUGUAACAAGCCCACAAAGUACUAUGGAUAUGUGUUUAAAUGUAUAACUGUUUGUGUUAUAAUAUCUUAGAAUAAUUUUACUAUACGUAAAUAAUUUUAAUAUUAUUUCAAUAGAAUAGAUUACAUUCAUUGUUGUUUUAAGAUACGUAAUAAUUUUUGUUGUAUAAUGGCUUACAAUUAACUAAGUCAUAAUUUUGUAUAAUUUUAAACAUUCCUGUAAUUAUUGUACCAUAAAAUGUGUCCGAAAAGAAUUUAGAAAAAAAAAAAAUAAGACUGCGUAAUAUUUAAAGAAUGGCAGAUAAAUGGUUUUGUUUUGGUGACAUACAAAUUUACCGCGUGAAUAAAAAUUGUUUUUAUUAUAAA